AUGGAGAGCACGAAGAAUCGGCCGCAUCAGUCACUCUCGCUUGAAAAGAAGCUAGAAAUUCUUAAGGAGCUCGACCGAAGCAGCCUGACCAAGACAGAGGUGGCGAAAAAGUUCAACAUCCCAAAGUCGACGCUGUCUCGGAUCCUGAAGAACAAAAACACAAUCGAAGGAGCCGUCAAGAAUGGAACCUUCACCUCUAAGCGGAUGCGGAUGACGCCUUACGAAGAACUUGGAAAAGUUGUUUUCGUUUGGUUCAAACGUGCGCGGAGUUCAAAUUUUCCGAUAAGCGGGCCCAUUUUGGAGCAGAAGGCGCGAGAGAUUGCCCUGCAGAUGGGUGUUGAGAACUUCGCCUUAAGCAACGGAUGGCUCAGUUGCUUCAAGAAAAGCCACGGCCUUGUUUUCAAGGCAAUCUCAGGUGAGAGUGCUGCAGUGAAUAGAGACAUUUGCACUGACUGGCAACAGGGGCGGCUUCAGGAAAUUUUGGACAACUAUGAGCCGCGAGACGUCUUCAACGUCGAUGAGAUGGGCCUUUUUUAUAAGGUGCUUCCGUCAAAGACUCUCGCCUUCAAAGGCGAAGCCUGUAGUGGUGGAAAACACAGUAGAGAUCGCAUUACUGUGCUGAUAUCAGCUUGCGUGCGCUCGCGACCUGCACACGAGCCGCUCGAGCAGCUGGGUGAAGGACAAGAGGCCCACUGGGAAGUGGUUGAACGUAUUCUAUUCCUGUAUGCCAAGCUGAAUCCGGGCCUCGGAUAUGUCCAAGGCAUGAACGAGAUCAUUGGCCCCAUUUACUACACCUUGGUGUCUGAUCCGAAUCCGGAGAGUAUGCAGAAGCAGAUUGCUUCUUCUGCUUCACGAGCCUCAUGUCGGAGAUCCGGGACUUCUUCAUCAAGACAUUGGAUGAAUCAUCGUCUGGCAUUGGUGCAAUGAUGGAGCGUCUCAUGCAGCUACUGCGUCGACGGGAUGAUCGGCUGUACGGCCACCUGAAGCAGCUGCAAGUAGAACCGCAGUACUACAGCUUUCGGUGGAUCAUGCUCCUCCUUUCUCAGGACUUCCCUCUGCCCGAUGUGCUGCGGAUCUGGGAUUCCUUGUUUGCCGAUCCCCAGAGGUUCACUUUUCUCAUCUACCUCUGCUAUGCCAUGCUUUCGAAGUUGCGGGACAAGCUCAUGAUGGGCGACUUUCCCUCCAACAUCAAGCUGCUUCAGAAUUUUCCCGACAUGGAUGUGAGCGAGCUGAUUUCCCAGGCCCUGUCCGCCCAGCAGGAAGACCUCAUGUUGUCAUUCAGCUGAUGCCGUGCAGCAGCUGCCAUGACAAGCAGCUACUGUAUUCCUGCUUGAGGCCACAACGACCACUUAUGCUCACGGCGCCCA